AUGACGACGACGCUCGCUGGUUCAACGCGCGUUGUAUCAGGGCACGAACGCCCCAACGCAUCGCAUCGUCGAUGGCGAGUGCAAAGCAAAAGAAACGCGGUAAAAGCAUCGCGCUGUUCUGUCGAACAACAAAAAAGGAAUAAUAACCAUAACCGACGACAACAACAACAACAACAACAACAGCUUGGAGAAGCCAUACAUUCUUCUUCCUCGAGCAACUACUAUCGACGCCAAUUAAUCGCAAAGAACAGACGACACGUCCAAAGACUGUCUGCGGUCGCGCCUCAGCACGAGUUCAGAGCAUCCACAGAAACGUCCACUGAUUUCGAGGCUCAGGAAAGACAGAUUUUAUUCCUCGUUCCCUAUCGAGAGAGGCUUUUACUAGAGCCCACUUUGGAAGGAAAAAUAGAUAUCGUAGACGCGUCUGAGACCGUUCAAGCGUUUAUGAACUCUAAAACAGAUCUCGUGGAAAAAGUUAUGCCUAGUCUAUCAAAAACAGAGCAGUACUUGAUAAAAGUCACGGUCCUUUGCGGGCAACAACACGUGUUUUCCAGGUUUGCUGCUCAAAAUCCAGAAAGCGAAGCUUCGCUGAGUAAACUUUUGACUACUUUAGGGAAAGUUGAAGUGUUUUACGAUAUGAUUGGUGGCAUUGUCGGGUAUCAAACCGUUGCUUUAGAGCUCAUGCACGAAUCCUUCGGUGGCCCUCCUGCUGCGAUACAUGCUGAUAAAGACUGCCACGGAUUAGACUGCGUUCCGAGUUACGAAGACAACGACGAGGAUAAAAAUGUUUCAAAAAGUUGCGACGAUUCUGAAUGUGACAUGUCGUUGCACGUUCCUUCAGGCCCGGAUUUAAGAGAAGGUGAUGGCGAGUUUGCUCGAAAAGCUGCGCGAAAAGGAAUAGAGGCGCUCCCGGAGAUGUGCGAAAUAUACCCUCUGGGCGGCGCGGGCGACCGGCUAGGUCUCCUCGAUCCCGAGAAUGGUGAAGCGUUACCCGCGGCGUUUCUCCCGUAUAACGGGAGGCCGUUGCUCGAGGGCCUCAUUCGCGACGUGAGAGCGAGGGAGUGGUUGUAUUAUAAAAUAAAAGCUAGUUCUCCGGAUGUAUUCGACGACGAGGAGAUAGAGAAGGCGAGCAAGUUAGUCACACCGAUCGCGAUAAUGACGUCGAUGGCAAAAGGUAACCACCGUCGAAUAUCAAAGUUUAUGAACGAUUCAAAUUGGUUUGGACGAGGAAGUGAUAAUUUUCGUUUAUUUGAGCAGCCUUUAGUGCCGGUGUUGACGACUCGAGGCGGUGAGUGGAUUAGCGCAUCUUCGAGUGAGGAUAAAGGCGAAAACUACUCGUGCGACAUUGCGCUGAAACCAGGCGGACACGGCGCGUUAUGGAAACUAAUGUACGACGAAGGUGUUUUUGAUUGGCUGGAGCAACAAAAGAGAACUGGAGGUGUUGUUCGACAAAUCACCAAUCCUAUGGCCGGGACGGAUACGACCCUUUUAGCGCUUUCCGGGUUGGGAAGACAAGACAACAAAGCGCUUGGGUUCGUCUCUUGCGAGCGCGCCGUCGGCGCUUCGGAAGGGAUUAAUGUUUUGGUUGAGAAGACGAAUCAAGUCACGAAAGAGCGAUGGUAUGGCAUUUCGAACGUUGAGUACACAGAAUUAGAUAAACUAGGCAUCUCGGAUGAGCCGGCUGAAAACUCCGGUGCCGAAGAAUCCGCGUAUCCAGCGAACACAAACGUUUUAUACGUCGGUUUAAAGCACAUUCGAGAUACGUUGACGUCCUCUCCGCGAGCUGCGUUUCCAGGAAUGUUGAUUAAUUUAUCAAAAGCUGUAAAGAAAGACGGAACGAAAGGUGGUCGAUUAGAAUGCUCGAUGCAAAACAUCGCGGAUGCACUCAUGCGUAAAUCUCCCGGGAAGUUGACGAAAAAAGAUUGGAUGAAUCUCCCAACUUUUGUACUUUUCACUUUACGGCGAAGAGUUACGAGUAGUGCAAAACGCCAAAGAAAACUUGACGAUAAGUCUCUCGCGCAAACACCGGACGGUUCGUUUCUCGAUUUACUUUUGAACGCCUCCGAUAUGUUGUCGAAAUGUUCGAUCGAGCAUCCUCCGCCGGAUGAUGGCUCUGCAGAGCGAUACUUGAACACCGGGCCUGGCUUUAUUUUCGCCAUCCAUCCGGCGAUGGGUCCUUUAUGGGACAUCAUCGCGCAAAAACUUCGCGGCGGAUCUAUAGCUCGAAAAUCGGAAGUGAAGUUAGAAAUAGCGGAACUGAAUUGGGAAAACGUGCGCGUUGACGGAUCUUUACUGAUUACGUGUACUAACGUGACUGGAGAAGGUACAAUGAGUGAUAUAGAUUGCGGAAGGGCUCGAAUAGUAGACGUCGACGUACUGAAUGCGGGGAUAGAUUGGGAAAAUGAAGGAAACGUGUAUUGGAGCGCGACGUACUCCAGAGACGAAAGUGCGGAAAUUGUUCUUCACGGUAACGCUGAAAUCGAUAUCGAAGGCUGUGCAUUGCACGGCAACUGUGCGUACGAAGUACCGAAUGGAAAGCGACUAGUUAUUAGAAGUGUGAAUGGUGAUGCGGGUUGUUUAAGUGAAACGUAUGAAGAUAUCGUUCCCGGGGUGCCGUCGUGGCGAUGGAAGUACGCGUUUGGAGGCAAAGAUGACAUCCAAUCUGAUUUAGUGCAGCUGCAUUUGUAA